AUGACACAAGAAAUUAUUAGACCAACAAAUACAGAAAAUUAUAUUUCAAAUGAAACGAAUCCAUUCAAAAAGAUUUCAAGAACAAAAAGAGUUAUAAUGGGUGUUGGUUUAGGUAUUUCAUGUGGUGUUAUUACCAAUGGAUUUUAUAAAAGACCAAUGGGAAGUAACCCACAUGUUCACGCCUUAUGGGCUGUCGCUUUAGGUACCCUUAUGUACAAAUCAUAUGAUUUCAAUGAUUAUAUUGUUAAGAGAGAAAUCUUCACUUUAUCUAUACAUCAACAAAGAGUUAGAGAACAAGAAUUAUUAAAACAAGAAUUAAAAGAAAAGUUUGGAAAUUAA